GCCCUGGCGACUUUUGCCUUGAGCCAUCUUCACACUCAAAAUGCAAGAGUCUGAAUUGCCUUUUGUAGGCGCAAACCCUUCAGAAGCAGCUGGCCAAGGAGAUGGACCCGGUCCUCCAAGUCUGCAGAUAAUCGUGCUGGGUCCGACAGGAGGUCCCCGUGAGGAUAGAGUCACUGGACUUCUGGUCCGAUCCACAUCCACCAAAUGGUCCGCAAACUCGAUCGUAGCUGUUGAUGCGGGCACCCUUCUAUGUGGCAUCAUCGACACUUUGGAACCAUGUGAUAAUAACCAAAAGUCGUCGGAUCAGGGGCCAUUUGCUGGGCUCGAACUGCCACAUAACAAUGUACCAGCAAAUGCAGCCCAUGUUUUCCGGCAUAUUAUCGGCGCUGUCUGCAUCACACAUCCUCAUCUAGACCACCUGUCAGCGUUUGCCAUCAACACUCCAGUUCUGGAGGCUGGAAGUGGCGCGAAAACGUUGGCCGCCCUGCCUUCGGUGGUUGCUGCUAUUAAGACUCACGUGUUUAACGAUGUGAUUUGGCCAAACCUCUCUGAUGAGGAUGGCGGUGCUGGCCUUGUUACCUACCAACGACUAAUGGAGGGCGGAAACCCCAUGAUGGGGCGUGGUGAUGAAAAAGGCUAUACGCGAGUCUGCGAGGGCUUGUUGGCAAAAUGCCUGGCUAUCAGUCACGGGUGUUGCAGGCAGAGAUCUAGCGUCGACAAUGACAUUCAACGCCGGAUGAGCAGCGCCCCUUUUGGUGUUGACCCAAUGAGGUUGAACCCAAGGGCCUAUUCGAUGUCAUUCGACGAGCCAGAGACCGGCUACUUUUCCGGAGCACGUUCGCCAGGCUAUCGCGUACCCGGCAAGGAUGGCUGGGCCACCGUGGAGUCGUCAGCUUUCUUCAUCCGUGAGCCUACGACAAAGCGAGAAGUGAUCAUCUUCGGCGACGUUGAACCUGACUCGAUCUCAAUGAAUCCGCGCAAUAGACGCGUGUGGGAAGCAGCAGCACCGAAGAUCGUUGCCUCUCAACUGCGAGCGAUCUUCAUUGAAUGCUCCUAUAACGAUGAUGUUGACGACGCCUCCUUAUACGGCCAUUUGUGCCCCCGUCACUUGAUCGAUGAAUUGAUUGUAUUGGCACAGAAGGUUACAGAAUUGAAAUACCCAGAUUCGUUUUCGAUAAGAAAACGCAAACGUGCGAGUGCCCCCGAGGCAGCCGGCGAUCCAGCUCUCAGUCCCAAGUCAAAGAAGGCUGCUCUCGCUGGCGAGAAAAGUGGAGGAGGCUCUCGUCGGGGAUCGGCCAGGACGUCACGUCGCCAUACGCGUGCCAGAGUUGCUGUAGAAGACAUUGACGAAAACAUGGAAGGAAGCCCAGCCGUUUCCCACGCUCCGAGUGAAGUUGGUAUGGAUGUGUCGCUGGCAGAAAGUUCAGACCCUCUCACGGUGCUCCAGUGGCCAGAACCACCUCUGACCGGACUACUAGUCUAUAUCAUACAUAUCAAGGACGAUAUGAAUGAUGGCCCACCUCCUCAGGAGCGGAUCCUGCAAGAACUUAAAGCCCAGGGACAAGCUGCUGGACUAGGAUGCGAGUUUCGAGUUCCCACACGUGGCGAGAGCGUCUUAAUCUGAUGUCGGUUACCGCAAGUCCAUCAUGGCUUGUCUGCCUUGCACCGAACAUGUCCGGUGCUCCUUACUUCUUGUGACACGGAACCAUGCAAUAGAGGGGAACAUAUCAACGGGCUAUAUCUAUACAUGACUGUGGACCAUGUCAUAUGAAUCCAGUUCUCAUCUGGGGGCCUUGUCUGCAAUGAUGAUCCUUAGUGCAUCUUUCCCUUACUUUUCCAUUCCUAUAUGUUCUAUCCUACUUCUCUUGUUCUAUCUUUUGGCGCGGCUUUUGUGAGCAGAUUUAUCUCUCGUUUACCCUUUUGCUAUUGCAUCAUGUGAUUUAGCAGAUACCACCGGUGCAAUCGAACAUAUUGUCAUUAGAAUCAGAAUUAUUAACC